AUGGUGGUGUUUGUCGACCUCAAUCAAGAUGCCUUCCGGCAUCCCGGCUCAUUGCUUGCCGCGGAGAAGCUGAGGGUUGCGACCAGCAAAGCCGCCGAAUUCCCUCCUUCAACCACCUCCACCUACACCUCAGAGCUCAGAGCUCAAGUCACACUCCAAGACGCGCGCACUGCGACAACCCUCCCUGAACAGAUUCUGGCAUCAAAGACCCCCAACUGCAAUGCCUUCUCUGCGGCGUUGAGUUGCUACCCAAUUGUUAAAGAAAUUGCUCGCGCCGUCGAUUUGAAUACCCUCCACGCCCUUUCGCGAACAUGCCGCCAGUUCCACGUGAAUCUAGCGCCGUUCCGACACCAACUCGUCCGUGAAACGCUUCGGUGCGAGAAUGAGUAUAUCGAGACCGUCUCAGAUAUGCUGGACGGCAGGGCCGUCCUCCCUGACAGCGUCAAGUCGGUGCUCAGGCUGUUGAGUCAGGGCAACGGUGAACCCGGACGCAUGACACGUGGAAAAGUGGGCAGAUGUGCGCGCGACAUGGUCGGUGACUGUCGACGCUGCACUAAGAUCGUAUGCAGAAACUGCACGAUCAAGCCUCCCUCCCAGACAUCGUUAAAGGGCCGAAUCCGCCGUCUCUGUCAAACCUGCGGCACUGCGCCGCUCUCCCACCAUCUCUACAUCACACCUCCCAACCCGACCGCAACAGAACACCACGAGGAGAACUCAAUACCGAACACAAUGGCAAACAAUGUUUGCAAUUGCGACGAUGUCGUCUGGCUUUGUAUCCAGUGCGGGCAGACCCUACGCAGCAACGACAUAACCUACCGACGAGUUUGGGCAUGGCGUACCCGAUACAGUACAUACCUUGGUGGCGGAAUGGGAACAGGCAUCGGCGAAGGCAGCCAGGGGGUAAAAUGUGGACGCGGUGAAACAUGCCUUGCGGCAAAGGAAAUCGAGCUCGAGGUCGACUGUGAAGUAGACGAGAGUUCUAGUGAUACCAGCAGUACCGGGCACAGCUCUCCCGCUCACUCAUCAUACCACCCUGAGUUGCUGUCGACAGAUAGCCACGACGGCGAGGAGCCGGGGUAUUUUCGGCAAGAAGUGAUUGGACUCGGCGGCGUCGUGAAACAUAAAGCGAAGAAGCGAGUCAUGGUCGGAGCAUGCGUGGUUGAGUAUGAGGAUGAGCGGGAAAAAGGCAAUUAUCUCGUUCGGGAGGAGGGUGGCUCGCAUCGGGCGUGGUGUGGAUGGUGCUCGAGGGCCAUUCCGGCCAAGAGCGAGUCAUUUCGGUGUUGA